AUGGAUACAGAAUUAUUAACAUGGCCACGACUUCCGGAUUUGAUACUCAAUUUAAUCUUCAAAAAAUUGACUUGCAUCUCUGAUUGCUUACGCUUUAGCGCUGUCUGCAAGUCAUGGUUUUCGUAUGCAUCCCAAGAUUACAAUGCCCUACAACUGACCAUCGAUUCGGGCACGAUUCAACAACCUCCUCUGCUAUUGAUACUCCCAACAAAAACACAAACAGAAGAAGGAAGCAGAGUAUACAGCGUGACCACAGGUAAAAUUUUAGAUUUCAAACUCCAUAAUAAUAUACCAUUGCAGGGCAAGAUUUGUUACGGUUCUUCUUAUGGGUGGUUGGCUUUUACAAUGUUUGAUUCGACAAUUGGACUCUUCAAUCCUUUCUCUGGCAAAACUAUCCAACUUCCUCCUCUUAUUAGAGACAAAAAAACGCAUGGCCUUAGCUAUCCAGGUCAAGGAAAAGUAGUUCUGUCCAAGAAUCCUUCAACCAGCCCGGAUGAUUAUCAUGUCGUGGCGUUGAUUAAUACCUGCUGGGACAGUGAGUUGGCCAUCCUAAAAAGUGGUGCUAAAUCCUGGAUUUCCGUUGUUAUUGCUGGAUGGUAUAGUCCUGACUGGGUUUUUUUCUAUCAUUAUUGUGAUGUCAUAUAUCACGACAAUGUCGUCUAUGCUGUGAACCUUGAAGGUAAGGUUAUCUCAGUGGACACCACUACCUUGAAGCUCAGGCAGAUUGCACGAGGAACUAGGUGCAGAAAACGUUAUAUUCCUAGAUGUUAUCUUGUAAAGUCUACAACUAACGAACUACUAAGAAUUCAACUAUAUCUCCGAGAUUCCAAGCCAUCAAUUUGUAAGAUGUCUAAGUUGGUUGCUCCAGAAUCCAGGUUCGUAAUGGUGGACAGCUUGGGAGAUGACGCCUUGUUUUUGGGAAACAGUCAGUCCACGUGUAUUCCGGCUAAUUCCAGGUUUUCAGCCAAUAAUAUAUACUACGUGGAAGAUAAUAUGUUUACCAUGCCGUGGGCUACUGAAAUGGGCACUUUUAACCUUCAAGAUGGCGCCUACAACACUCUACUUUCUAUAAGCUCAGAGCCUUUACCCAACCCUUUGUCACGACCUACGAACAUACCCCAAGCCAUUUGGAUCACUCCUACCCUAUAUUUGUUAUAACAGCUUCUUAGUCCUUUUUUUUUUUUUUAUUCUACCAAUACACACAGAUCAUGCAAAUUGUCCUACAACUACUUUUUAGUCAUGAGUAUUUCGUUUUUAUUGACAGUUCAAAUUGUUAUGCGAAUUCUCAUUAAAUUUAAUACCUUCCUGAUGUUGUUUCA